CGCGCUCCGGGUUUGCACAACUUCGCGCCGGUGCAUCGGCGGCUGCUGUGUCCUGAGCAUGUCGUGCCUCCUCACGGCUUUGCAAGCCAACCUGCGUGGGAAACUGCCAUUGCAGAGAGUCUUUGCAGGAGAUUCCCGCUGGAUCCCCGCCCGCUGUGCGGGCAACGCGCCACCCACCAAACCAUCCAAGCAGGGCAAAGAAAAUGAGCCUCCAUCGUCAUCUGUGAAAAGGUGGAAGGAGAAUGCUGAAACGGUUAUAAUUGGAGGUGGUUGCGUUGGAGUUAGCUUGGCUUAUCACCUGGCCAAAGCUGGGAUGAAAGAUGUCGUUUUGCUGGAGAAGUCAGAGCUAACAGCUGGUUCUACAUGGCAUGCGGCUGGCUUAACUGCAUAUUUUCAUCCUGGGAUCAAUGUGAAGAAAAUUCAUCAUUACAGCAUCAAACUGUAUGAAUGUUUGGAGCAAGAGACAGGACAGGCAGUCGGCUUCCAUCAGCCCGGCAGUGUCCGAAUUGCCACCACCCCUACCCGAGUGGAUGAAUUUCACUACCAGAUGACCCGGGCACGCUGGAACGUGACCCCACAAUUCAUGAUUAGCCCUGAAAAGGUGCUGGAACUCUUCCCGCUGAUAAAUAUUGACAAGGUCCUGGCUGGCUUGUAUAACCCUGGAGAUGGCCACAUUGAUCCUUAUUCUCUCACCAUGGCUCUGGCGGCUGGAGCACGAUUGUAUGGGGCUGAGCUGUACUAUCCUGCGGAGGUCACUGGUCUUUCACCGAGAUCUGAUGGGACAUGGGAUGUGGAAACAGCAAAUGGAGCCAUUCGUGCGAAGCGCAUUGUGAACUGUGCAGGAUUUUGGGCCCGUGAAGUUGGAAAGAUGAUCGGGUUGGAUCACCCCCUUGUCCCCGUCCACCAUCAGUACGUGAUCACGUCAACAGUUCCAGAGGUGAAAUUACUGAAACAAGAGCUUCCCGUUCUCCGUGACUUGGAGGGCUCGUACUAUCUGCGUCAGGAACGCGAUGGUCUUCUAUUUGGUCCCUAUGAAGAUAAGGAGAAGAUGAAGAUACAGGACUCUUGGUUAAAUGAUGGUGUCCCAACAGGAUUUGGGAAGGAACUUUUUGAAUCGGAUUUGGAUAGAAUCAUGGACAAUGUCGAGUGUGCCAUGGAAAUGGUGCCAGUUUUGAAAAGAGCCGACAUAAUAAACAUAAUAUCAGGUCCUAUCACAUACACACCCGAUAUACUUCCCAUGGCUGGACCCCAUCAAGGUGCGCGUAACUACUGGGUGGCCAUCGGCUUUGGGUAUGGAAUAAUUCAUGCAGGUGGGAUUGGAAAGUAUCUUAGCGACUGGAUCAUGAAUGGGGAACCCGAUUUUGACCUGAUUGAACUUGAUCCCAAUCGUUUUGGUAAAUGGACAACGAUCCAAUACGCUGUGGAUAAAGCAAGAGAAUCAUAUGGAUUCAACAACCUUGUUGGAUAUCCCAAAGAAGAGAGAUUUGGAGCACGGCCAACAGAGAGAGUAAGUGGGAUUUAUGAAACAUUGAAGAACAAGGCAUCGAUGGGAUUCCAUGCCGGCUGGGAACAGCCACAUUGGUUCUACAAACCUGGAGAUGACCCUGAAUAUAGACCUAGUUUCCGCCGCACAAAUUGGUUUGAACCGGUUGGUCGAGAAUGUAAACAGGUCAUGGAAAAAGUGGGCGUUUUUGAUCUCACACCCUUUGGCAAGUUUUCCAUGAAAGGAAAAGACGCCACCAAACUACUGGACCGCUUGAUUGCAAAUGUCAUUCCUAAGCUGGGUUAUAUAAAUAUCAGUCAUAUGAUUACCCCACGAGGUCGAGUUUAUGCAGAAGUGACAAUCAGCCAUCUAUCAGAGGACGAUUUCUUGCUGGUGACAGGGUCAGGAUCUGAGCUCCACGACUUAAGAUAUAUAGAAGAAGAAGCAGCUAUUGGUGGCUAUGAGGUUGAUAUCCGUAAUGUUACUGACGAAAUCGGAGUGUUGGGUGUGGCAGGCCCAUUUUCACGGAAGGUUCUCCAGAAGCUGACAAAUGUAGACUUGAGUGGAAAAGCGUUUAAGUUCCUGCAGUGUAAGCCAAUUACUCUGGCAGAUGUUCCCCUCACCGCAAUGAGGAUCUCCUACACAGGCGAGCUCGGCUGGGAGCUGUAUCACAAACGGGAGGACACUGCUGCCCUCUACCAUGCUAUCAUGGAAGCAGGUCAGGAGUUUGGAAUCGACAACUUCGGAGCAUACGCCAUGAACACUUUGCGACUUGAGAAGGCGUUUAGAGGAUGGGGAGCAGAGAUGAACUGUGACACAAAUGCCUUUGAAGCAGGGUUGGACUAUUUCAUUAAGUUAAACAAGCCAACAGAAUUUAUUGGAAAACAGGCUUUACAAAGCAUCAAGAAAGAGGGGGUGAAGCGCAAACUGGUGUACCUCGGCAUGCAGACUGACAACGUGGAUCCUGAAGGAAAUGAAAGCAUUUGGUAUCAAGACAAGGUCAUAGGUAACACUACAUCCGGAGCCUACAGCUACAACACACAGCAGAGUGUGGCCUUUGCGUACGUGCCUGUGGAACUCAGUAAAAUAGGGCAGCACGUGGAAGUGGAGCUGCUGAACAAAAAGUACAACGCCGUAAUCAUCCAAGAACCAUUGGUACUGACGGAACCAACCCGGACCCGAAUGAAGAAGAAAAGUGAUAUUUCAAAAGUUUGAUAUUAAAAUGAAAGCAAAUUCAAUAUAGUGGAUUAAAGAAGCAUGUGAAUGCCGUAGGCACUGUUGGAACAAAAUAUCUCUCAGCUCUUUAAAUGUAAAAAAUAAGCACAGGGUUGAAAAUUUGGAAGUAAUUUUAAUUAGUUACUUUUGCAAUCUCCACCUGGAAGUGCUGGGUCGUAUUUCGAUGCGGUAGGAACGAUUUCUGUUAAGCCCUGCUUCAUCUGGGACCAAACUUCUAAUUACUAGGGAUUGUGUGCGUGUGUGUAUGUGUAGAUGCUGACCUCAGUAAAAUGCCCUUCAGAAAGUAUUAUGCAUUCACACAUGUUCUGUAACAAGAUUGUCAAUCUCUCCCUUCAGAAGCGAAGAAGGAAAAUCUGCCUCAGUAUUAACAACACACCCAACAGCCCCGGUCUCAUCAUCGUCUCAAAAGAGCAGAACAAAAAUUGCAAUCACGUAGUUAAUUGGAAAGAAUCAAAGAGGUUUAGCCAAGUCUACCAUUUAAGGAUCAAAGGCAUUCUCAAACCAAUUAACUAAUGCUUUAAAUAAUUUUUAAUCUGAAUUCAUGAAACACUUGCAGUUGGAUAUGAUAAUCCUUCAUCCAAAUGGAACUAAUACUUUGAAACCAAUUAUUUUUCAAAGUCAAGUACCAUCUGCUCCCUUUGUACAAUUAUCUCUCUUUAGCUGUUCAAUCAUUACUAAAUGUAUAGGAGUCCAUUUAUGGUUCACUCGCCAAGGCAGAAAGUCUUAUUCAAGGCAGGAUGUGAUUGUGUGUUUUAUAAAACUAGAUAUAACUUGGAAAAUGAAAAGUAAAACUCCUGUUAUCCUCCAUUUAUUAACAAAGACCAGUCACGGGGAGAACGUACAAACUCUGUACAGACAGCUCCCGUAGUCGGGAUUGAACCUGGGUCUCCGGCACUGCAAGCGCUGUAAGGCAGCAACUCUACCACUGCCCCACCGUGUCACACUAAAGUUAAAGGGGACUGCAGUAAAUGACUUAAAAGUUAACAACAGGCAAGCUUCUCAACAGCAAAGCAAAUAAAAGUGAAAGAACUUGAAGAAUUAUAGUUACAAUGUGUUCUUUCAGUGAAUGUGUCUUUAAUACUGUAGAAAGUUUACUCACUAGCCAAUUGUACCGAUUUAUAAGAAUAACUAACAAGGUUGUGGAGGAACACAGUGGGUCAGGCAGCACCCGAGGAGAGAAUAGUUCAAGUUCAAGUGAAUUUAUUGUCAUGUGUCCCUGUAUAGGACAAUUAAACUCUUGCUUUACUUCAGCACACAGAACAUAGUAGGCAUUUACUACAAAACAGAUAAGUGUGUCCAUAUACCAUAAUAUAAAUAUAUACACACAUGAAUUAAUAAACUGAUAAAGUGCAAAUAACAGAAAAUGGGUUAUUAAUAAUCAGAGUUUUGUCCGAGCCAGGUUUAAUAGCCUGAUGGCUGUGGGAAAGCAGCUAUUCCUGAACCUGGUUGUUGCAGUCUUCAGGCUCCUGUACCUUCUACCUGAAGAUCACAGGGAGAUGAGUGUGUGGCCAGGAUGGUGUGGGUCUUUGAUGAUACUGCCAGCCUUUUUGAGGCAGCGACUGCGAUAAAUCCCCUUGAUGGAAGGAAGAUCAGAGCCGAUGAUGGACUGGGCAGUGUUUACUACUUUUUGUAGUCUUUACCUCUCCAGGGCGCUCAAAUUGUCGAACCAGGCCAUGAUGCAACCGGUCAGCAUGCUCUCCGGUUAGACA